AUGACCCAAUUGAAUGACUACAAAGAAAUCGCCGCCAAAAAGGUAGCUCUCAGGGACGCCCAACUCAAAAAGGAGUGGUUGGUUCCAGAAGCUGAUCUCCCUCCAAAGAACAUCAAGGAUGUUUUGAACUUCCCGGAGGAAAGUGGCUACUUAUCAGCGAGUGAGAUUGAAAUCACCAAUGCUGAUGCCCGAACCAUUGUGGAAAAGAUCAAGGCCAAGGAGUGGACAUCAGUGGAAGUUACGAAAGCAUUCUGCCACCGAGCCUCCAUCGCCCACCAGUUGACCAACUGUCUCACCGAAGUUUUUUUCGAUGAAGCCCUCGAGACUGCUGCUGUACUUGAUGAGCUGUACCGCGAGACCGGCAAGCUCCAAGGGCCGUUGCAUGGCCUUCCUAUUUCAUUAAAGGACUGUUUCAACCUUAAGGGUAAGGCCAGUUCUAUCGGUAUUGUCGGAUAUGCCUUCUCUCCAGAGGGAGGGAUGCCUGAGGAUGCAGUCUUAGCCACUAUUCUCAAAGAUUUAGGCGCGGUUUUUUAUGUCAAGACCAACAUUCCAACUGCUAUGAUGACGGGUGAAAGUUUCAACAACCUCUGGGGCAGAACUUUGAAUCCUUUUAAUCGUGAUCUUACCGCUGGUGGCUCAUCUGGUGGCGAAGCUGCUUUGUCUGCGUUGAAGGGCUCGCCUUUGUCCGUUGGUACCGAUAUUGGUGGCUCUAUCCGUAUCCCGGCCGCCUUCCAGAAUAUUUACGGGCUUCGUCCUUCCUUUGGCCGGUUUCCAACCUUCGGCUGUAGACCUGGCUUGGCGGGGUUUGAGUCGGUUGUUUCUGUUAAUGGACCAAUGGCGAGAUCCAUUGAUGCCUUGCUGUUGUACUCCCAAGCCGUUAUUGGUGCCGAACCGUGGUUGCAAGAUCCUAGGGCUAUUGAGAUUCCGUGGAGAUCGAUAGAGUUACCGACCAAGCUAACCUUUGCUGUUUUGUGGGAUGACGGAAUCUGUAAGCCACACCCUCCUAUUCUUCGUGGAUUACAAGAGACUGUCGAUAAACUAAAAGCUGCCGGACACGAAGUUAUUGAGUGGGAUCCGCGUCUACACCUCAAAUUGUUGACUCUUGCUGGGGCUCUCUUUACUUCCGACGGCGGCAACCGGAUCAAGGGUCUCGUUGGCUUGACCGGCGAGCCACUCUUGGAAGCGUUGCUGGGUUUGACAAACGCUGCAGAGAUAAGCACCAGCAAACUUUGGGAGUUGCAGCUCGAGCGUAAUAUCGUUGCCAGAGACUAUUUGUUGCAGUUUGUGGGUACUGCGUCGCAAACAUCUAGUGGAAGGCCCAUUGAUGGGAUCUUGUUGCCAGCUGCCCCGUGCGCCGGUGCCCCUCAUGAAAAGUUCAAGUAUGUGGGCUACACCGUGGCAUACAAUGUCUUGGACUACACUUCUGCCACUUUCCCAGUCACUAGGGCGGACUCAUCUAUCGAUAUAGCUGAUAAGGACUACAUUGCAAGGAAUCCUACUGAAAAGGAAGCGUGGGACUCCUAUGACGCAGAGCAGAACCACGGUGGGGCUGUAUCCAUUCAAUUGGUCGGGAAACGUCUUGAGGAAGAAAAGGUUUUGGCAAUGUUGAAGGUAAUUGCUAAGGUGGUUGACUACAAGCAGUAG